GAUGACCUUUAUGGGUAUUUACAUCCAUUAUUAGUUUAGUGUGUUCGGUUAUCCUACAGACACGGCACAUUGUGACAUGGUACUUGAAGAGGAAACGGAGGUUAAUAAAUUGGUACACUGUUUAGAUUGAGCACAUCUAAGUGAAAUCUAUACUUUGUCAUGACAUUAUAAACGGAUGGAUGUGAAACCAAACCAUCUAUUGGCUGAUUUGGCGGUCUGGGGUGUAGGUCAUUGAUUUGAAAGCGUUAUGAAAUGUGACAGCGUGCAAUCCUGUAUCUCCAGUGACAAUAAUUCUAUAGCCUAGCUAUGAUACGUUCAUUCACGAUGUCCAGAUUUUCACAGGCGGACCAUUUACAAGUUAAAUCAUGGGGGGAAAUGUACUUUACCAAUUGAUAGAACAUAGGCUUUCACCAAAUUGAUUUGUAUUUCUGGGGUGGAUUAUCAAUUAAAACGGUAUAGUGGAUUAUCAUUAAUUUGCCUCCCACCUUUCGCAAACGUUAUUUGGAAAGUCAACGUGAAAGUAAAAUAGUUCAACUGCGAACCAAGACGGGGUCAGUUCAUCUCGAUACUUCAAAACUCCUAAGAACUUCACAAAUCCAGUACGUGGGUCUUCCAGUGAGUUGGAGAGGAAUGAGGAACCAUGGCACAGUUUGAAAGCUUGAUAUGGACUAUACCUAUUAUAUUGGUGCUUGUAAGCAUUGGAUGCUGUAUUGCAUGUGGUAGAGCUGAGUACAGAAUUUGGGAUGAAUGUUGUCCCAUGUGUUCACCAGGAAAUCAUGUACAUAAGCAUUGUACUGAAUUUACCAGCACCAACUGUGUGCCCUGUGUUGAUUCUACAUUUCUUGAUGAGCCCAAUGGUCUCAUAAAAUGCAAAGUGUGUACCAACUGUGAUGCAGAUUUGGGUUUGAUGGUAAAGCAGUCAUGUAGACCUUCAUCAGACACUGUCUGUGGGACACUGGAGGGGUUCUACUGUCUAGACCCAACUAAGGAUGGUUGUAGAGCAGCCCAGAGACACAGCAGCUGUAAACCUGGUCAAUACAUCAGCCACACAGGAACAACAUCUACAGAUACUGUGUGUUCUGACUGUACUGGUGAUACCUAUUCAAAUGGAUCAUUUACAUCCUGCCAGUCACACACCGAGUGUAAAUCAUUAGGUCUUCAAGAACUUAGACCAGGAACUAAUUUGUCCAAUUCUGAAUGUGGACCACAAUCCUCAAAAACAGAAACUGGAAUCAUCAUUGGUGUUGUUGUGGCGUCAGUCCUAAUAGCUCCUGUAAUAAUAAUAAUAAGAAUUGUAAUUCUAAGGAGGAUAAGAAGUCCAACAGUGACUUUUUCUCCAGUGACAGUAAAUGCUGUAGAGACAGCCGUUACAGAAUCCUCCACCAGAAAAGGACCAAGCAGCGGAGGAAGGAGCAGCACCAGGAGAAGAGCGUUCAGGACUCGUGGACAUGGGAGGAGAUACUGGACGGUAAAGGACCAUGGGCUCAAGCUGGGGAGUAUCGCCGCCCGCAGUGGGAGAUCGAGGCAGCGAGAGCGGAGAGGCGCUGGUAUGAGGCAAGGGAGCUCUGCGCACUGUGUCUCCAGGGCGCUGGGAGGGUCCAGUUCGCCCAAUGCCUGCGCUCCGCCCGUGCCGGGCCAAAGUGGGCAUUCAGCCUGGAGUGUGGGUAAAUAGCCUAAGUACCAGAACUCUAGUGGUCCCCCACAGCCCACUUUAUCCUGUGCCUCCUCCUCAGUCCAGGCCUCCAGUGGGUCUCCCCAUCCUGGUCCGUCCUGUGCCUCCUCCUAGGACCAGGCCUCCAGUGGGUCUCGCCAGUCCGGAGCCGCCAGAGCCCCCCGCCAGUCUG